AACAGUAUUAAUGGUUUUGUUAUUAUAGUUAUGAUUAUACAUUAAAAUCGUUUUGCAUGUCAUAUUCUGGUUAGGCAGACAAACUGUUUAUGAGUGAAUAUUCUGCAGUUUUUGCGUUAGUAAAUCUUCACAUUUUAGUAGUAUGAAAAGGAAACGUCUAUUAAAUCUGUGAAUAAACAGAAGGCAAGCGAAAGACAGUCAUUCACUUCAUAUUUUAAUGAAAUCUCGCGUUAUGAAACGGACUGCAUAAAAUUCCCGUUAUAAAACUGUAAAUUGGUGUAACUGCUGUCCUGUGAACGAGCAGCAACAAAACUCUUCUGCGCCGGUGACUCAUCUAAACUUCUGAUUGGUUAUUACGUUCCUGCGUUGUCUAUGAUUGGUUGUGACGUCCAGCGCUGUAUACACGGAACAAAAUCUUUGAUUCACCGUGAUCGGACGUGAACGUAAUGCUGCAGCUUCAUCUCCACAUUUCAUUUACCUCGUACAUUAAUUGUAUAAAGUGAAACGAGUUAUUAUUACAUGUGCAAAUGUGUAUAAAUUGUCAAAUCAAUAUAUAUAUAUAUAUAUAAUUUACUGUAUAUGAAAAGUGGAUUAUAAACAUGACUCUUACUUUUAGCACAUUCACUUUUCAGAGUCUUCAGACUCAGACACACAAAGACCUCAAUUCGGUUCUCUAUAAUAAAGUAUAAACUGAUUAGAAGAAGAAUGUCACAAAGUAGGCUAUUAAUAACAUUUCUUAACAUCUCCUGUAUGUCCCAGUUAUAUUAAGCACCUAAAUCAGAUAUGAUAUGUAAUGUUAGACAUUGUUAUGUUUAUACAUCUUCCUCUACCUCCUUCUUCCUCUCAUUCAAUUCCACUGCCUGCAUGAGAGAGCCGCACCGUGGGCAUCCCCGCUCUGUCGACCGCAGGACUCCCAUUACUGAGACUGGAAGAGAUAGCUCUUCCCAAGAGGAAAGAAAUGGAGAGGGGACUGUAAAAACAGACUGUGGAAGAACCACCGCACAAAGACAAGAGCAAAACCAGCCGGCGGAUAAGAAAACAUCCAGAGAAGAUCUUUACUUCCGCUCUUAAAUUUCAUAUCAGAGUGUUUUAACUUAUGCUUUAUAUAUAAUAGUGUACGUUGGGACGUUUAGUUGAGUGUCCAGCUGUUAGAGAGUUGAGGUUUAUAGAAACUCUACGUCUGUGGGCUCUGGUUUGGAGAUGAUGGUUUGGGCUGGUUUGUGGAUUUGGGGUGCGUUGGGUGCCCUGGUUCUCGCAGGUCAGUCUGAAGCGUGUCCGCCGCACUGCUCCUGUACGGGGACCACUGUGGACUGCCAUGGACUUGCCUUCAAGAACGUGCCUCGAAAUAUACCAAAGAACACAGAGAGACUAGACUUGAAUGGAAACAAUCUCACACAUAUCGGGAAGGACGACUUCACUGGUCUGAAGCACAUGAGAAUUAUAAAUCUGAUGGAUAAUCAAAUAGUGACUAUAGACAAAGGAGCCUUCAGUGAUCUCAAGGAAUUGGAUAGACUGCGUCUGAACAGAAACCGACUCCAGCAGAUCCCUGAGCUUCUGUUUCUGAAGAAUCCCGUUCUCUCCAGACUUGACUUAAGUGAGAAUGUCAUUCAGGUCAUCCCAAGGAGAGCGUUUCGAGGCGCUACUGACAUCAGGAACUUACAGCUGGACAAAAACCGCAUCAGCUGCAUUGAGGAGGGAGUGUUUCGUGCCAUGAGAGCCCUGGAGGUCCUCACGCUGAACAAUAACAAUAUCAGCUCCAUCCCCAUAUCCAGCUUCAAUCACAUGCCCAAGUUACGUACCUUUCGUCUGCACUCGAACAGUCUGCACUGCGAUUGUCAUUUGUCAUGGCUGUCUCAAUGGCUCAGACAGAGACCAGCGCUGGGACUGUUCACACAGUGCAGUUCUCCAGCAAACCUACAUGGCCUAAACCUGGCUGAACUACAGAAAAAAGAGUUCACAUGCACUGGUAUUUUUGAUUCAAGCCCCCAGACGUGUAGUCUAGUGUCUGGUUCUUGCCCCCCGAUGUGCACCUGCAGCAACAACAUCGUGGACUGUAGAGGAAAAGGUCUCACAGCCAUUCCAGCCAAUAUGCCGGAAAGCAUGACUGAAAUACGGUUGGAGCAGAAUGGUAUUAAAUCUGUUCCUCCAGGGGCGUUUGCCCCCUACAAGAGACUACGAAGAAUUGAUUUGAGUAAUAACCAAAUAUCUGACAUUGCCCCGGAUGCUUUUCAAGGCUUGCGGUCACUCAACUCGCUGGUUCUUUAUGGGAAUAAGAUUACAGAUCUGCCUCGAGGUGUUUUUGAAGGACUUACCGCAUUAGAAUUACUGCUAUUAAAUGCCAAUAAAAUCCACUGCGUUCGUGUGAACGUCUUCCAGGACCUUGAGAACUUGUCUUUAUUGUCUCUGUAUGACAAUAAGAUCCAGACUUUAGCCAAAGGGACGUUUUCGCCGCUGAAAUCCAUCCAGACACUACACUUGGCUCAGAACCCAUUCGUAUGUGACUGCGGUUUGAAGUGGCUAGCGGACUUUUUGCGCUCGAACCCGAUUGAGACCAGCGGUGCGCGCUGCUCCACCCCACGACGCCUCGCCAACAAACGCAUCAGUCUAAUCAAGAGCAAGAAAUUCAGAUGUUCAGCAGCCAAGGAACAGUACCACAUUCCCGGUACAGAGGACACACGGUUAAACAAGGACUGUAACAGCAAACCUGUUUGUCCACCGAAAUGCCGCUGUGAAGCUACUGUAGUGGACUGCUCCAAUCUGCGUCUUACCAGGUUCCCCGAGCAUCUGCCUCUCGCUACCACGGAACUUCGUCUUAAUAACAACGACCUGUCCAUCCUGGAGGCGACAGGGCUCUUUCGGUCUCUCAACCAUCUGAAGAAGAUAAACCUAAGCAACAAUAAAAUCUCAGAGAUUGAGGACGGAGCUUUUGACGGGGCAUCGUCUGUUCUUGAACUUCAUCUGACCGCCAACCACUUGGUGUCUUUGCGUGGAGGAAUGUUCAGGGGAAUGGACGGAUUACGCAUGCUGAUGCUCAGGAAUAAUCUCAUCCGUUGCGUCCACAAUAGCAGCUUCAGUGGUCUUCAGAAUGUUCGUCUGCUCUCGCUUUAUGACAACCAGCUUACGACCAUCAUGCCUGGAGCCUUCGACACCCUGCCAAACCUUUCCACCCUAAACCUGCUGGCAAACCCGUUUAACUGCGAUUGUCGUCUGUCAUGGUUGGGAGAAUGGCUUCGUUCUCGACAGAUUGUGACGGGGAACCCUCGCUGUCAGAACCCUGCCUUUCUUAAAGAGAUCCCAUUGCAGGAUGUGGCAAAACCAGAUUUCAGCUGUGACAAGGCCAUCAUUGAAGAUGACACUAGCUGCGUCCCCAAGCCAGAGUGUCCCGAAGAGUGCACUUGUCUGGAUACAGUGGUGCGUUGCAGUAACAAACACUUGUUCGGCUUACCCCGUGGCGUCCCACACAAUGUCACUGAACUAUACCUGGAUGGGAAUCAGUUUGUCUCGGUGCCCAAAGAGCUUUCAACGUUUAAACACCUACAGCUGGUGGACUUGAGCAACAAUAAAAUCAGUUCUUUGUCCAACUCGUCCUUUGCCAACAUGAGCCAGCUGACCACACUGAUCCUGAGUUAUAAUGCCCUGAACUGUAUCCCCCCUUUUGUUUUCGGGGGCCUGUCCUCUCUACGGCUGCUCUCUCUUCAUGGCAACAAUAUUUCUGAAUUACACCAAGAAGUCUUUAGAGAUUCCUCAUCUUUAUCUCAUCUGGCCAUUGGAGCAAAUCCUCUGUACUGUGACUGUCGUCUACGUUGGUUGUCUGACUGGGUGAAAAGUGGGUAUAAGGAACCCGGCAUCGCCCGCUGCGCAGGGCCACAGGGCAUGGAGGGCAAACUGCUGCUCACCACACCAGGCAAUACCUUCCAAUGCACAGGCCCCGUUGAUCCAUCUGUGUCUGAGAAAUGCAGCCUGUGUGCCUCAAACCCCUGCCAGAAUCAGGGCCAAUGUCACAAUGACCCCGUACAUCUAUACAAAUGCAUGUGUCCACAGGGUUACAAGGGAAAAAACUGCGAGGUCUCCGUCGACGCCUGUGAAUGCAAUCCAUGUGUAAAUGGCGGCACCUGUCAAAGUGAACACGAAAGAAAAGGCUUCAGCUGUGCGUGUCCACCUGGAUAUGACGGUCAGUUCUGCGAGGUGGAUGUCGAUGAUUGUGUCGAUAACAAGUGUGAAAAUGGCACCAUCUGCGUGGACGGAGUGGGAAAUUACACCUGUGUCUGUCCUCACCCCUUUUCAGGCCAAAGAUGUGAAGAGUAUGAGGAAGAUCUGUGUUAUCCUGGUCAAAAUCCCUGUCAUCGUGGAUCUACUUGUAUUCCAACAGUCACAGGACCAAAAUGCAUCUGUCCACCUGGUUUUGUAGGAGAUGACUGCAGUAUAGAUUAUAAUGAAUGUGAGGGACAUUAUUGUCAGAACGGUGCACGAUGUGUAGAUAAUCUGGUAGGAUAUACCUGCGUUUGUCCACAGGGAUACAGUGGUCGAUUAUGUGAAGUGUCUCUCUCUCCGUCCGGCUGCGAGUUGUUGCACUGUGAGAACGGCGCCCCCUGUGCAGAGAGUGAGGGAGGUGCAGUGUGUCAGUGUUUGCCAGGGUUCGGGGGACCACAAUGUGAAAAGCUUCUCAGUGUCAACUUCAUUGACAGAGACUCUUACCUGCUGCUCAGUGAUCUUAAAAACUGGCCCCAAACCAACAUAACCCUGCAGGUCUCCACGGCUGAGGACAAUGGCGUCCUUCUCUACAAUGGAGUCAACGACCAUAUUGCAGUAGAGCUGUAUGAGGGCCAUGUCAAAGUGACCUAUGAUUCAGGAAACCAGCCAGGCAGUACCAUUUAUAGCUCUGAAAUAGUGAACGACGGAGAGUUUCAUACGGUCGAGUUAGUUACUUAUGACCGAAUGGUCAAUCUGUCAGUUGACGGAGGGCUUCCCACGACUCUAGACAGUUUGGGACACGUCCAACCUCUCACUAAAGACGCCUCGCUAUAUGUAGGCGGUAUGCCUGAAAACUCCCAGUCACUGUCGUUCAACCCGUGGCCGCCUGUCAACGGAUCCAGUUUUCAGGGCUGCAUUCGGAAUCUGUACAUUAAUAAUGAACUGCAGGAUUUUACUCAAACUCAGAUGAAGCCCGGGGUGGUGCCGGGGUGCCAGCCCUGUCAAGAGCUCCGCUGCGUGCAUGGACUGUGCCAGCCGGAGACCGCUGUCGGGCCCGUGUGCCGCUGUCAGCCGGGCUGGGGAGGACCUCACUGUGAUCAAGCUCUUCUUACAGCUGCUGCUAACCCUUGCCAGAAAAACAAGUGUGUCCAUGGUACGUGUGUUCCAGUAGACGUUCAAUCUUACCGCUGCGAGUGUGCGGAGGGUUUCCACGGCUCCUUAUGCAGUCAACCGGACGUCCCUCCCAGUCCCUGCACAGCACUAAACUGUCAACAUGGCUACUGUGAGGUAUCACAGACGGGACAGGCGCAAUGUAUCUGCGACAGUGGCUACAGUGGACAAUUAUGUGACAUAGUUGCUCCCUGUAGAGGAGAAUCUGUGAGGGACUUUCAUCGCAUACGCCGCGGUGAGCUCCAGUGUCGUAGCACCCAGCCCCUGUCCUGGCAGGAGUGUCGCGGCGGCUGCAGGGCGGACACAGGCCUGUGCUGCACCAGCAUCAGAGUACGCCGCAGACGCUACAGCUUCCAGUGUGACGACGGCACGUCAUUUACACAAGACAUUGAGAAGACCGUAGAAUGUGGCUGUGAUAAGUGUGUGUAGUCACAAAGAAGGAUCACAGGCUGCAGAAGACACGUUAUGUAUCAGUGUAUCAUGGACCAUAUUAUCUGUGAUGUAGGAGUUUGAAGAACUGUUUAAGAGAAGAUUGCAUGAGAACGAUGAUGCCAGAAUUCAUUUUGACAUCUAAAUGUUGAGUCGUGCUGUCCGACGAAUGAACUUUUAAAUGUCGAAAGUAAAGAGCUAACCAAAAAUUGGAUUAGAUGCUUAGAUAUAUUCAUUCAGUUUAACAGAAAACAUGUUAAAGUACAUUAUAGUAUUUGCAUUUAUAACAUUCAUUGUGAUAUAUUUGUUUAACUUUAAGUUUGAUUGUAAUAUAUACAGUUUUUAAUUUCGAUAUAGUAUUUUUGUAUGUUAAACACCAUUUUUUUUUGUUUUCUACACACGUUUAUUUUACAAAGUAGCUUUUGUGUUUUUCAUUUAAUGCAGUCUGGUGCCAAUCUUUUGUUGUUGACAAGUGAUAUUGUUUCUAUUUAUUUCAUUAAA